UCAAGCAGAGACGCACGCAGCCGCCGCCGCUGCUUGGGGUCCGGUCAUGUGGGGCUGCCGCGGGCUGAGCUGCGCAGCCCGGGUUCUGCUUGGUGUCCCGCGGGCGGCCGGGGGCUGGACCAGCGGCCGCCGCCCGCUGCAGCCCGUAAAUGUGAUCUUUCGAAAUCUUGACACUGCUGUUGAUUGUAGUCUUUCGUAUAAAGAACUCAAAGGCUUGCUAAAAUCCCAAACAACUCUUAUUGAUGUUCGAGAGAAGUGGGAAAUUGGACAGUUUGGAAAAAUUCCUGGAUCCGUCAACAUACCAUUGGGUGAGGUUGUGGAAGCUCUGCAGAUGAACCCAAAAGACUUUAAAGAACGGUACAAUCAAGAUAUGCCUGCUAAAUCUGACCAUCUAGUCUUUUCCUGCAUGGCAGGAGUGCGAAGCAAGAAGGCAUUGGAUAUUGCUAUGUCUUUGGGCUUCAGCAGAGUUCAGCACUAUGCUGGUGGCUUGGAGGAGUGGGCAAAAUAUGAAUCGCCAGAGAAAACACAAUGAAGAUAAAUUUUGGAAUAUAAGCCUUGUUAUAUAGUACUAGCCUUGUGUAAAUUUCAGGACACUAUCUUGUAUGAAAUAAGAUUGAGAAUGUAGUCUGAAGGAGAAUGAUUGUUUAUAUGUGUAAAGUUAAUACACUGUUAAAUAUACUGGUUAUCUUGAAUUUAAAUUGAUUGAGAGUCGAAGAUUACAUGAGUAGACUGUUCAUUCUCCUUUGGUCAUAUGUUAAAAUUACUGUGGAAUUACUCCAUGAAGAAAACUUAACGUAAAGCUAAGGACUUCAAUGUAAAAACUGAACAUGCUGUACUAAUAUAUAUACAUCACAGUAAUGUGUAUAACAGGGGAUCAUGAUUAAACUUACAGUGAUGAGUAA